AUGGCCAGAAAGAAAUCAGCAGCCAAAAAGGCCAGAGAAGCAGCUGAGAAAGCAGCCUUCUUAGCAGCAGAACCAUCUGAACCAACCCCAGAACCAACCCCAAAACCAAAACGCACCCCAACAUCUCCUCCAUCCGACGAAUCAGAUGAAUCACCAACCUCCUCUUCCGACGAAGAAGAAGAUGAAUUCGGAGAUUUAAUAACAGAAGACGUGGAACAAGGGAUAAAUAAAGUCUUGGAAACUAUAAAAACUGAUCCUAAGAAACUCCUAAACCCCGAUCUCAAAUUCUUUGAGGAUCCUGAAAAGGGAGCAAGUAAAACCACUAGUGGGUCAACUAAAGAAAAACCAAUCUAUUUAAAGGAUUAUCAUCGAAUGAAUCUCUUAUCAGGUGGGUAUCAAGAAGAUGAUGAAGAAGAAGAUACUGGAAUGACAGUGGAUGGUGAGAAGUCAUAUGUGACUGAACAAAGAGAAGAAAGAGAUAAAAUCCUUUCUGAUAUCAAAAAAGCCUUCGAAGAUGACAUUCCCGAAGAUGAUGACGAAGAAGACGAUGGUGAUUUCUUAAAGAAGAAAGAAUCAAACAAACAAGACGAUGAUGAUACCACCUUACCUAUUGGAACCGCCUUACCCAACCCCGACCAAAACCCUUCCGGAUUCCUUAAUGCCUUCUUAGACCAACAAGCCUGGAUCCCCAAAAAGGGCGACAAGAUCAUCAAUCUCGACAAAAUCGAUCAAGACAUCGAAGAAGAUUUCGACAAUGCGGUUGAAAAAUUCGAAACGACAUAUAAUUUCCGUUAUGAAGAUGCUAAUUCUGCCGAAAUUGUUUCAUAUGCUCGUAAUCAAGCUACUUUGAGACGUGGGGCUACCAAUAGUCGAAAACGACAACGUGAGAAGAAAUUAGAACUUAAGGCACAAGAAGAACGGGAGAAGACGGAGGCAUUAAAGAAGAAGAAGACUAAUAAGUUGGAAAAAGUCGUUGAUCGGUUGACUAAGAUAAAGGAAGCCGUGGGUGGGGAAGUGAGUGAUGAGGUUAUUGAAAAAGUGUUUGGUGAUGCUUUGUUGCAGGAGGAUUUUGAUGAUGCGGAUUGGGAUAAUAAGAUGGCAGAAAUCUUUAAUGAACAAUAUUAUGAUGCGGAGAUUACCAAACCGGAAUGGGACGAUGAUGAUGAAAUCAUGGCUGACUUCAAUCAAGCGGAAUCAGAAUCAGAAGAUCAAGUAGAUGAUGACGAACCAGAAAUUGAAGAGCCGCCAUUAAAACAAUCCAAAAAGGAAAUCCUUAAACAAAAGAAAUCCCUCAAGAAACAAUCGCAAUCCAUCAAACAAACCGCUCAAAAAAUAAUCGAAUCCCAUACCCAUCAACUCAUAGAUGAAGUUGAAGAAGAGCGUGGACGUCUGAAAGGUCGUGAAGAGGUUAAAUUCAAAUAUCGUGAAGUAUCACCCGAAUCAUUCGGUUUAUCAACUCGUGAAAUCAUUUUGGCCGAUGAUAAACAAUUAAAUACUUUCAUUGGAAUUAAGAAAUUUGCUCCAUAUAGACCAAGGGAGUUAAGAAUGAAAGAUAAACGGAAAUAUACCAAGAAGAAGAAUUUACAAGAAUGGAGAAAGGAAGUAUUUCGUGAUAAGAAUGGUCCAAGAUUGCCUGAAGAAGCUAAAGAUGAUGAGAUUUGGAUUCCAAUGGAGGAAGAAUAUGAUGAUAGAAGACAAAAGAAGAGUAAACAUAAACAAAAGCGUUAG